CGCCAGAAUCUUAAAAAAAUACCGUGAUACACAUUUUUGGUCAUACCGCCCAGCACGAGCUGUAACAUAACCACAAUGCACAAGUUAACUUGGUGAGCAUGCAUUUGAAUAAUGGGGCUGUGUGCCCACAUGCACUUAAGUGCCUUUGUUCCAUGAUUUGACGUGUGACAGUGACAAAGAGAACAGCGUGUGUGUGUGUGUGUGUGUGUUUGGCUCAACGUGUCUUGAUGAAUUUGUUUCAGGGUUCAUUUGAAUAAAUAACUAGAAAUGUACUAACUUUGAGGGCCUUUUUCUCAAAAUGACAGCUCUUUGACAGUCAUUAUGUAACAUGACGUAUGUUGCAUGAUAUUUGAAGAACAGAAAACGAUGCUGAUAUCAUUAGAAAGCUAAGACCCUCCUCUUGAGGGUCAGUGUGACUGAUAAUGAUAGAGCACAUCACACGUGAACGGUAGCCUAACGUAUGUAAACCAAUGACUCAUGUGAUGACUUUGACAGCGCUGAGGUGCUGCACUUUGGAGGAAACACUGUCACUGCGUUCCAUAUCGCAUAGUUCUUCCUUUUAGUACAUAAUGUAGCUGCCCUUACAAAGGUUGUACUGUUACAUGCAGUAUGCAUUCAAUUGGGACACACUACUUCCUCAUAACAUUUCACUUUAAACUUUGACCCUCAUGCUUAUGUAUCCACAGCGCAGAGGAUUGUGGGUCAGACUGGCUAGAAUAUCAUGCCGGCUUUCAUACUGCAAAAUGCGACUGGAUGCAGUCGGACAUUCUGGUAUUUUUGUCAUACUGCAUUUGGCAUACUAAAAAGAAGGGUACUAUGGGUACUGGACUACACUGUGUUUCAUUCCGGCAGCUUGAAGGUCACACUGGUUACACCGGAGGUAAAGCAAAGAACUGGUCUAAACCUUUGUGUGGAACCAACUGUUUUCCAACAAUGACAUCAUGUAUAUUUUGUAUGACAUGUUCUCUUCUUGUUCAUGUUCUCUCUCUCAGGGACUGCAGAUGUUAAUUAGCUAACUCCGGCUCAACAGUAAUGAACCAAUAAGUAAAUGGAAAACGAUGCUGACCAGGACCGGACGAGCCAGAUCCUCCUCAUCUGACAUGAUGUGAUGGAGACUUCUUACCCGGGCUGGCAGUGAAGGUGGAAAUGGCCGUUUGGAAGCCCAGCAUUUUACAGAUCACCUUGCCAUCCACAGUAUCAAAGCCAUCAUCACACACGGUGCCCCAGACUCCAUUGUGCUUCACCUCCACUCGCCCUCGGACUCUCCCCGGCACAAGACGCACAGUUACUGUGGUGACACAAAGUACAGCUGUUUAAAGCUCCUGGUAGCUCAAAGUUAUUCUACAUUGAAAGUGACAUUUUAGCAGUUUGUUUUCGUUAGUAGUAGCUUUUGAAAAUAUCUCUCAUUCUCAACACUGCUCUCAGGUCAGUCAUGUGAUGAAUUACACUCUGGUGGAUUUCCUUGGUCUCCCUUGUCUCCUUUGGGUCCUGGUGGUCCAGGACGACCUGUGGAGGAAAAAUGUUCAAAUACAUCUUCCAACCAAACCGACGGUUUACAUGAACUGGUAUAAAUCCAUCAACUGAAUAUGUUACACAGUACAGAAGGCUCAUCGUCUUUAUCUUCUGUAACUCAACAACGGAUAAUGAAGUAGAUGGGCCUACACUUCUCCAGAUGUCUGAAAGAAUGAGUGAGCGAAUCUUUCCAAAAAUGAAAGACCAAGUGAAGUUCCUGUCUGCUUUAGCGCAGCUGAAAGUCAGUGAAAGCGAAGCCCCUGUGAGUCAGAGAGCCCUAGCAGCCCAACCAAUGAUCAACUGCCAAGUCCGGUUUCCUCCAACAGUCUUCACGGCACUGACCAACAAGGAUGCAGCUCUGUUUGACCAUUUGAGCCAAGACACAAUGUAUCCGUCUCAUAUUCAGUAUGAGCAGCUCUUUAAGUCUGUCCUGCUCAACUUCCCUUUUCUGAAGGAAAGUUAUGGAUCUGGAUAUCAAACAGAUGCAAUGGAUGCUGGGGACGACAAAAGAAGUACGAGCCACCAUAUUGCAACAAUGAAGCAGGCGUGCCAAAAGAUGAGGCCUAACUUGGUCAUCAUUCGCCAAUGCCUCCAGAGAGUACAGAAGACACUAAAUGCAACAACACUCUACUGCAGAGGUCUUAAAAGAAUUCACCUGCUUCUCUAUUCCAAUCUUGGCCUGUUGGUGAAUGCAGCCAUACUCCUCCUACCAUCGGUCUUCAAAGAAAAUGCAUCACAGCUCUUCGCAAUAGAUAAGGAACCACUAAGCCCAACACCCACAAUUGUCCUGAGCAGCAGCGAUGGCAAGCCCCUGAGUGACGGCACAGAUGUUUUUGUAGCAGUGGAUGGACAAAAAAUGAUGGUGGACAAUGAAGACGCAGACGGUUCAUUGGCCAUGGGUGUUGUGUUGGCCCUCUAUCAUCUGAAAAAAACAUUUUCGUUUUUGGAGGCAUUUAUCCUGAAGCUGGACACACGGGUACCUGUAGCUAUGCAGAGAGUGGCAAAUGCUCUGAACAUUUCUUAGAUAAGACACUGCAGCACAUGGAUUACAUUGUAUAGAGUUGAUUUCUGACAAUAAAGUGAAGUGCAGUACA